UAUUAUUAUUAUUAUUAGAAGUAGUAUUAUUAAGGAGACACUUUGACUAAUAGCAGUCAGUGCUGUAGCUCCACCCACGUUCAUCACACACUGCGCUUGGGCCACCAAAUGGCCCCUGAAGGAACCAAAGGAAUCAGGCUCAAUCCCUGUUAAUUAAUCAUAUUUGUAACAUAUUCAACUAAAAAUGUAUGAAACAUUUUAGUAUAUAUCAGAAAUGCAGAACAAAUUUUGCGCCAGUCUCCCCUGCGCCCUUUAUUUGUAAAGAAUGUUGACAACAUGGAUUAUUUUCCUUCCUCUGCACGACUCACUAACACAUGAAAUCUCACUAACACACGUCGACGUUUUUGCAGUUGUUCUGUGACAAACGUUGGAAAGGUUCCAGGCGUACGGCCAGCUGUGGAAGACACUGCAGGUGUUUUCUUCAUUCACCUUAAUAAUUAAUAGUUGGAUGUCUCAGAAAUCUUAAAACACACUCCUGCCUGCAACGAGCGGUUCUGAAAGGAGCCGACGUUCAAAGAAAGACUCUCAGAACGCCGCAAGAACUACCGCUAACAGAAAGUCUGGCCGCUAUGAAGCAAAACACAAAGAUGAAGGUGAGGAGCAGGGAGAUCAACCACAAACUAAAAGCUCCAGAGGGUUUAAAAACAGACCAACUCAUUUUGGAGAUGCAAAUAUUUAUGACCAACCUGGUGCUGGAUACCAAACUAGAAGAGUUCUGGUAAUAAUGAGAACCCUUUUCUACUUUUUUUUUUAGACAGUUUGAAUUUGAAGUAAUUGGGAUCGUUCCCUAUAAAACUUUAAGACUUGCUGUGGACAUUUUGGGUUUCUUUCCACAAUCGUACAAGUUUGCUAGAAUUUUGGACCUCUCCUCCUGGUGGAACUGAGUCAGAUUUGAUUUUUUGACUUGCUCACACACACACUCACACAUACACACACCUACUUUUCAGCUCUGCCCAUCAAUUUUCUGUCAGACUGAGAUCAGAAAUUCGUGAUGGCCGCUCCAGAACACUGACUGCGCUGUUCUUAACAGACUUUGCAGCUGUUCUUCUCAGGAUCAUUCUCCUUUUGAAAAACCCAUUUAUGCCCAAGCUUUACCCUGUAUGAUGCUAAUUUUGAAAUCCACCAGUCCUUUCAAUUGUAACACUGGUCAUUAUGGCCAAACAAUAAUGACCAAUAACACAAACAAUAAUGUGCUUUAAUGUGAUUGCGGUUUAAUCAGACCACAAAAUAUAUCUCUAGAAAGUGUAAUUAACCCCCUUGUGAAACCAUAACCCCACACCCAGACAAAUUUUGAAAAAUUGCCCCAGAGUGGGCGGAGCCAAGAUACUUUAGGGCGUGGUCAAGUCAAGCAGAGAGGUGAUGAGUGGGUCUUGUCGGGAUGAGGGGAAGGCCUGUUGCCAGCGUAAUGGUUUUGUUGCUAUCCUCUCUUUCAAAUGUUUUUGUCACUAAUGUCAUGAUGUCACACAAGAAGCGCUGUGUUUUAGGUGUUGUCUUAUUGUAAGAAUACUUUGGAUUUUGCAGAGAGUGACUGGCUUGAGAGAGGAAACAUUUGUCUGAUUUAUUUCAAAAAUUUGAAAAAAAAAAAAAAGUUUUUGUGACCUUUUCUAAAUGAUAUGUAAACACCUUGUUUCAACCGUAUAUGUUUAUUUGGAUUUUUGUUGUUGUUGUUGAGUUAAGUUGGUGCUAAACUCCUUUUUCUGUAAUAAAAAAAGCAAACACCUUUGCACGCAUUCUGUAUGCUGCGCCCACUUCCUUACAGGACGGCAGUAGAAUCUGAUGCUUUUGAUGUAACUGGAGAAAACAAGAUUAAAAAUGUAUUAUGCGCCGGGUAACUCUGCCUCACCUGGCAACCUGAGACCUUGCUUUGACCGUGAGGCUCGCGGCUUGGUCCUGCACUUGUAAUGCAGAAUUUCAUCUUUAGCGUAAAUUCCUAAUGGAGUUGUACCGCUGCAAUUAUUUCAAGUCGGGCUGAACUGUUUUCUGUGCUGAUGUGAUAUCUUCACACAGCGAAGACCUCGGCUUCUGUUGUCUUGUCUCUACGAAGCCGUGCUGUGAUCUUGUACAAUGGUGUGACUCAUUCCUCCAAUUAUCCGGGCCAGAGGCUGUAAGUGGACGCAUGGUGUGUCUUGUUAUCUUGUGGCGCCGCUGAACAUUUCACGACAACAUGUACUGGGUUCAGGGCGGCGAGUAAGUCAGCACAAUGGAGAAUCACCAGAAGAGGACUCUAACUUUUCUUAUCAUUGGAUUGAUAUUUAUGCUGAGCGGGAUAGAGUACGCCGUCAUUCUACCCACAAUAUGGAGGUAUCUGCAGAUUCUGGAGGCUCCACCUUACUUCUUGGGUCUGGGCCUGUCUGCCUUCAGCCUGAGCGCGCUGCUCACAGGUCCUCUUUUUGGAGUCUGGUCGGAUCGAAGCAAAACUACCAAAUCCAUCAUCCUGUUCUCCAACCUCUUUGAAAUCGCUGGUAACUUCAUGUAUUUUAUUGGCUAUUCAAAGUGGCUGUUAUUAUGCAGUCGGCUUGUAGCAGGUGUGGGUGCAGGAGCAGGCUCUUCCAUCUUUGGCUUCCUAACCCGAAGCACUCUGCCAGAGGAGCGCGCCGGUAUCUUCGCAGCCAUCAUGGCCUGUCGUCAGGCCGGCCUUCUCAUCGGGCCGGCGUUCAACUUGUUCCUGCGGCUGUGUGAUUUCAAACUGGGGCCCUUUGUUGUGAACAAGUACACGUCUCCUGGGAUCUUCAUGUGUCUGCUGUGGACGCUGCUUCAGUUCAUCAUCCUGGCUGGAUACUGGGACGUACCGGCCAUAAGCUCGCAGGGGGGAGUCGUCGUGUUGGAGAUGAAACAAGAGGAGGAAGAGGAGGCGCCCCUCAUGGGGUCAGACGAGGACGAGGCACGUACCUACAGAACCGUCGACUCCGACCAAUCGGAGACUUCGUCCGCGUCGCAGAGAGCCCACGAAACCUCAAACCCCUUUAAAAACUUCAGCGUCAGCAACGAGUUCCUGAGAGAAGAAGUGGUUGUUCUCCUUACGGCUCAGUUCAUCACUCUGUUCAACCAGACAGCGCUGGAGACCAUGGUGACCCCUCUGACUCAGCGCUACUUCAGCUUCGGCGAGCUGGGCAACAGCCUGAUGUACAGCCUGUGUGGGGUUGAGGUCAUCGUGGGCUUCUUCUUCGUGCGCUGGCUGAGCAGCAAGGUUGCGGACCGCGUGGUGCUGGCCGUCGGCCUGGUCAUCUGCUCCACCGCCUGUAUCUGGUGCCUCGUUUUCCUCUGCAAGCCCCGAGGUGGAUUUGAGUGGCAGCUUUCAGCUUUCAUAGUGGGAGUUUUCCUGCAGCUGCUGGGGCUUCCGUUCGUGGCUGUGUCUCAGGUGUCGCUCUUCUCCAAAGUCACCGCUGAGAAAACUCAAGGAUUCAGCCAGGGUGUCCGGCGCUCCGUCGGAGGCCUGGCUACCAUCUUGGGUCCUUUGUGGGCCGGAGGAUUGACCAAUAACUUGUACAUAAUGCUGGGCAUGAUGCUGGCUCUGCUCGUCAUGAUCACAGUUAUGACGGUCCUGUCCUACGAGCGGCUGGCCGAGCCCAGGGUGGUGCAGUGUGCCCAGAGCGCCGACAGCGGAAGGUAGAGGGGAGAGGAGCGGGCCGAGACGGACCCGGUGGAGGCAGGAGAGAAUCACUUCGGAGAGAAUAAAUCCAAGUUUCCUGAGGAGGAACGCACAUGAGCCCGGAAUAAAGAUGAUCAAAAAGCUUUGCACGCCGUCUCCACCACCAGCCUGCAUUAGGAGGAACCGCAUUAUUCAUAUUACUACCAGAUAAUUAAUUACAUUUUACACAAGGGGGCACCAUUGCUCUCACGUUGAGUGCUUACAGACAUAAUUGUAGAUGAAAGCUAUUAUUUUUAAGGAGAACUAUUUAUAUUCCCAUGUAUAAGUGGGAAAAAAAAAGCAUUUUUUUUUUGUCUUCCUUUCCUGUGCGCCCCGUGUAUCAGAAAUGUGGUUUAUUCUUCCCCCUGUGAAGAGGAAAGCUCUGUGAAAAUGAAACGGCUGACACAAUGAGUGCAGAAAGUGGAGUUGUCAACAUCUUAGCGGCUUCGUGUCAAGAAAGCUGACAGGAGAAGAGGGUCAAAGACAGUGAUUCUUCACCGAUUUAUUGGUACCUUUCUCUUUUUUUUUCUAAAAAGUGGAACAAAAGCGAGAUGCACACACACACACACACGCACACGCCUACACACACGCACACAGACUUGGAUGUAAUUACACCAUGUUGUUAUCUGAAUUCCUUCCUGUUCGGCUUGCACAAAUGAGACACUCGUGAAGCUUAAAAGACAAACUCAAUACAAUAAAAAAAAAAUACUUGCUAAAUUGCCAAUUCUACCCUUUUAACUAAAGGGAGCAAAUUAAAUUUUAACAACAUAAAUUCAUAAUUUACAAUUUGACAAGGUGUGAGUAGUGUGCAGUCAGCUGUUCUUGCCUGUGUUCUCCUCUAGGAUGUGCUGCGCUACACAUCAGCAGACGAGGGAGGAAUGCUGUAAGCAACAUCAAGGCAUUGUCGAUUCUCUUUGUAGAAACCGGUGUUGGUUCGGCCAGUCUCUGUGUUUUUGCAUAAUUGCAGAUAAGGCUCAGUAACCUUUCCAGUUUUCCUCGCUCAGCAUGUGAUAUUUGCCUUCUUUUCUUUUCCUUUUUUUUUUUUUUUUUUUUCCCCAAAAUGGAAAUUUUAAUCUCUGGGACUCAAGGACAUAAUAUAUAUAAGUACUUUUAUGCCCUGAUCAGCGUAUUGAGGUGCUUGACAUUUUAAGGGAGAUAACAGAGUGCACAGAUUCAGGUCAGGCUACGAUUUGACUCACUGUGAAC